AUGGCUUCACCUUCUACCAUCCCCUCCAACCAGGCCAGAGGUUGUGACGAGGAGCCGUCUUCCAUCCAAGAAGACGCGAACCAACAACAGUCCUCUGGUAGCCGAGACUUCAAGUUUGUUUGUUACAACUGGGGCGUUACCCCGCAUACAUUUUCACGUCAAUAUGUCUGCGCAGUCGCGGCGCAUUUUGAUAGACUACCAGACAGCGAGGGAAAUCCGGAUCAGAAGGACCCUGAUAAACAGGAUUACCCGAAGCCAUUCAAGAAUUGGGAGGGGUUGAGUCUACCGUGGACUGGACCAUCGCAUGAGGCUCCAUGCAUGGUCGAUAAUACCACCUUCUGGGCCCAAGGAGAGGAUCCGGACGUGUUUCGAGCUCUCUGGACACCUGGGCACCCUCAGAUGGCGGUUUUGGGUUACCACAGCCGCAACCUACCGGGUAAGCGUCGGAACUAUAUGAUGAUGGCACCCAAAGUCUACUUCUAA